AUGGGUCGUCUUCACUCCAAGGGAAAGGGCAUUGCGUCCUCCGCUCUCCCCUACAGCCGUGCUCCCCCGGCCUGGUUCAAGGCUUCCUCCGAGCAGGUUGUUGAGCAGAUCUGCAAGCUCGCCAAGAAGGGUGCCACCCCUUCCCAGAUCGGUGUUGUUCUCCGUGACAGCCACGGUGUUGCCCAGGUUAAGCACGUUACUGGUAACAAGAUCCUCCGUAUCUUGAAGUCCAACGGCCUUGCCCCCGAGCUUCCCGAGGACCUGUACCACCUCAUCAAGAAGGCCGUCGCCGUCCGCAAGCACCUUGAGCGUAACCGCAAGGACAAGGACAGCAAGUUCCGCCUGAUUCUCAUCGAGUCCCGUAUCCACCGUCUGUCCCGCUACUACAAGACCGUCGGUGUCCUCCCCCCCACCUGGCGCUACGAGUCCGCCACCGCCUCCACCCUCGUUGCUUAAGCGACUUGUCUUCUGUCGUUGGGUUCCUGGGUUGCGGGUUCUGGUGUGGUUGUGACUUUUGUCGUGGUUGGUUCAAUCUCUUUCUCCUUGUGAUCUGAAAGGGUCAGUUAGGCGAAAUGGGAUCUAUGCUCUGGCUAUGACCAAGUCAUCGAAUAUCAAAAUUCUUCACGACCACUUUUGGUGCUUGGUAGAUGUGUAAAUUGUUCUCUUGAGACGUAGUGUAUCUGUCC